AUGUAAAACGGAUUUAUUUUCAUUUAUUAUUAUAUGAAAUUAUUAUUGUUUGUGUUUAUCGUAUACACUUAUGCGACAAGUGCACAAUACAGAUAAGCGAUGGAGGAUCUUAACGAUGAUAACUUUGGUUAAACCCUUCUUGAAACCAUUCAAAUGCAUAUCUAAUCCGAGGAGCCUGUAGGAAAUUUAGUCAACAUGUUAUAAAAUCUUCAAUCGUAAGUGGAAAAGGUGUAAUACAAAUCUGAAGAGCAACACAAGAGAAUUUCUACGAAUUGCUACCUCAACUUAGGUUAGUUGAACGAUCAAAUUGAUAAUUACAAAAUUAAAUCUGUGACUCUAAAAUCGUAUAUUGACACUCUCAAUCCAAAUGUCAAAUAGAGUGUGGCAAUGGUGGAAAGAAAAGAAAAAGAAAAAGAUGACUAUAAGCAAGAAUUGAAAUUAGCAGCAGAAAAAAGAGAGAAGGAACACGAAACCUAUACCACCAUUUUAGAUAACCUUGAGCAAGCCUUAUUCGGUUUCCAUCAAAUUAAGUUAGCUUUUAAUCAAUUUAUCGAUUCUGUACAAAAAGGGUAACGUAAAUUUGAGUCAUUCGCUGAAAUGAAAUAAGUGUUAAAAUAAGUUAAACACACAUACAAACUUGAAGGGUACAAGCAUUUCGUGCAAUUACUCUAGUCUCUAUCAAAGUAGACAAGUGAAGAAGAAGCAUUAAAAUUAGCAAUUCAAUUGAGUGCUAUUCUGAAAUAAAUAGAAUCAUACAUUCAAACUGAAAGAACCAGAGAAGAUCAAGCAGAAUUGGCUAGAGAAGCAGCUUAUAAUGAUUACAAAGCUCAAAUAGCUGAUUUGUUCAAUGAAUCUUCAAAAUCUCUUACUGAAAUGACAGGAAUUUUGGAUAGCCAGUCGAAUGAAUUGAAAUAGAGUGAGAAUGAAAAAAUGGAAGUUGAUGUCAGAUUAUAAAAUAAAAUGAAAGAAUUUGAGAACAUACAAGCUGAAUGUUCAAUUCUAGAUUAAGAAUAUUAGUAAUCAACUAAAUAAAGAAAUUAACAAAGUAAAUUACUAGAUUAAGCAAUUUUGUUAACGACAACUUCACUAGGAUAAUUGAAGAGCGACUUAUUAAAGCAUGCUGAAGUUUAUUGA